CACUCCUUCAAGUCGCACUCUUCCCAAGCUUUCACCCAAGCCUGUCACCAUUCCUAGAGCUGAUCCAGCAAGCAUGACGACCGCACGAUCGGAAUGACUGAUCCCACGUACACAGUCUUUGUCAGACUGCCCAUUCUGCGGGGCGAGUUCACGGAUCCCCCUCCGGUUAACUGGGAUUCCGCCAAGGACGAUGUGCUAUGGAACAUCAUCUCAGGCGCAACUAAGCAGGAGAUUGACUGGAAUGAACUAGCCGCACAUUUCGAUGUGACCGUCGAUUUCCUUCUUCAACAAGUAGCCUACUUGACCGAGCGGCAUACUGCGCAGCUUCGAGCCCAGGUCCGGAAAGCCACAGCCGCCGCAAAGGGCUCCUCUGCUCCAUCCCCCGUUCCUGGCGCCGAGCCACACACGCACCAACGAACCGUCUCUGCGCUAUCCAUCCGACGCGAUUCGCCGCUUCCUCGAACCGAUACCAGCACGCCAGCGACGCCCAUAACAAGCUCUCUCCGGCCGAAUAUCACACGCAAUGCCUCCUCAGGUACGAUCACACGCAACCUGGGCGGCGGCUCUACGACCCGCCAGAGCAAGCCCGCCACCUCACGGCCAUCCAACGACAAUCAGCGACGUCGUCUAUCAUCGCUUCCUAUUCAGAGCACCCCCAGGAGCCCCGAACCGACGUCGCCUGACGCAGAUGAGCUGAGCUCGCCCACUUCCUCCGACGAUGAGUCCAGCCCAGCGCAAUCGCGCAUCAUCCGUCGCCCACCUCGCUUCCAGCAGCGCGACGGACCGACCGAUCUCGAAGACGAAGAUGAAGACACCGAGCCCGCUUUCCUCCAAUAUAAGCCACAAUCAUCCAACACAUCAGCACAAGACAUGGGUUCGACAUUACGGGGCGAUCCCCGACAAGCCCGACGGACACCGAAAGGUAAAGAGAAGAUUCACCACUCCGAGACGUCAGAUUCGUCGACAAGCUCACCUGCCAUGGUGUCAAGGGGCCCCUCGACAGGGGAGAGACGCCCGACUGGUCCUCUCUCCCCGCGCCGCCCGGCUGAACUGUCUGGUAAGAGUCCAAGUCGGAAGGGGUACUCGCGAGACGGAAGCGACGGUACGCCAAGCAUGGGCAGCAGCUUCAGUGAUUUGGACGGUAAGCUCCGCGAUCACUCGUUACUGAUGAGCAACGCUAAUAGACAGCAGACGCCUCUGUGACACAGUCCGCUCUCGAGGAAGCCCUCGCGAGUAAGAUGCAAGACGGCGGCAUCGGGAGCAGAUUCAGCAUCAGUCAAGCGUUUAGAAGCCGCUACAUGCCCAAACCUGGUCAACAGUAACAGCAUGUGCAUCAGAACUUGUUUUACGGUAGAACAUGAAUCGGUUGGGUUGAGAAGCAUCUCUGGCGUUUUAG